ACGAAGUGUUGUAAAUUUAAGAAUCAUGUGUUAUGUAUAUCUUGAUAUAAUGAUAUUUAUAUUUGUACAAAUUUUCAUUGUAUCACCAACUUCAUUGAACGAAUAAUAAGUAUACCACCCAUAAAUAUGGAUCUCACACAAAUAUUGGAAGACAUCGAUGAUGUAACCGAGGCAUUGCAAGAUGAAGAAGCAGAUGCGUGGACCAAUUAUGAUGAAGAUGACACUGAAACCGUGGAGAAAAAAGAGGAAGAAGAAGAGGAAGAGGAAGACAUCAAAAUGGAAUCAGAAGACAAAUCUGAAACUAUGGAAGAGGAGAGAGAAGAUAUCAAAGUCGAACCAGAAAUAAUCAACAAGACUGACAUAUUUACUGAUUUUAUGAUGGAAUUUGAAGCAAAACGGACAAAGGAAUUGGCGAUCAAGGCUGAAGAGAAGAAGAAACAGCUGCGGCAAUUGAUCCGUAUUGAACGGAAGAAAGAUGAUGAUGCAUCUGAAGAAACGCUGAUCACGCCGGAAGAUGAAGAUAUUAUGAGUGACCGAGUAUCCACUGAAAGUUCGAUUCAUCCAUGUUUACGCAAGAUAGAUAUCAGCGAUUCUCAGCUGAAAUUAGUGAAUCUGUAUACGGUGUACCAGGUUCCGAACGAUCCCGGAUUGCUACCAGCUUUCUGGCUGUUACGUGAACGCCCACCGAUUUACAGCACGGAUGGUGUGCAGAAAUUUUACGACAUAGUAAAACGCGCCGGUUUGAGAUCAAUUGGUUCGUUGAAGGAUAUGCUCUUAACAGAUCAAUUAAAUUUGUGUUAUUAUGGACUUAAGUCACCAGUAAUGAGAGCGAUCUGUGAGGCUUUGGCCGACAACACUUUUGUACGAAAACUGGAUUUGAAGGACAAUAAACUAUCCGUGAAUGCGUGCAAAUAUCUAAAUGAUUUAUUACUUAGAAACAACACGAUAAUCGAUUUAUCACUAUCGGGUUGCCGAAUUGGUACAAAUGGCGCAAAAAAAUUGUAUGACGCGAUAUCGGAGAACACAAUCCUGAAGAUGCUCGAUCUCAGCAGUUGCGACAUCGGCAAUGAAGGCUUCGGAUACAUCGCGUCUGCAUUAUCUAAUAACCAAGAUUUGGAGAGUGUUGAUCUAUCCGACAAUCAUUUGGACGAGACGUGCUCAGAAAGUCUGCAGAAUUUGCUCUCGCACUCCAAAAGCUUGACGCAUCUGAACUUAUCCUGGAACUCUCUGUAUGACGCAAAAAUCUGGAAGGCUCUGGUCGAUGGGCUCAAGAAAAAUGAGACGCUGCGUUCCCUGAAUUUAUCUUGGAACGCACUUGAACAGGAAUGUGUGCCUCAUCUUUACAACCUAUUAUCACGCUCGCGGAACAUUGAGAAGCUGAACUUAAGUUGGAAUAGAUUUACCGAAAAAGAUGCUGAAAUCAUAGCAGAAGGUCUAUCGAAAAAUAAUACGCUCCAAGAAUUACAACUGGGAAACAAUCCUUUGAGAGCACAAGGUGUUUCAGCUUUGGUUCACGCAAUUAGGCCGAACCUAUCGCCCAAUAAUGCUUUACGUCUUUUGGACUUAGAGAACAUUUGGGCAAAUAAGGAUAUUCUCGAAGACUUGGAGAUAACCGAAAAAUUCAGACCAUGGGUUACAAUUAAAUUAGGCGGUAUUCUGAGCAAUUAUCAGCUCGUUGGACCAAAUGUUAGAAGAAUACUUCUGAAGAGAGCGAAUUACGAGGCAAUGCUACCGAAACGAAGGAGGCAACGACGCAACUUCGGCCAAUUUGUGAUAUCGUUGACGGACAAACUAAUAGCACGAGCAAAAUUUAUACAGCUAGUGCAAAAGUUUAAGCUAAAGCUUUCUACAUCGCUUAUCGAUGAGAUAAUGAAUGUAUUCGAGGGGCCGCAUAACACUGUCAAUCAAAAACUGUUAAAAUCAUUUUAUUUGGAAGAAUAUCCAGAAACGACACUAUUAACAUUGAAGAAAAAGAAAUUAAAAAACGUCAAACAUACAAAAAAAGAGUAGAAAGUGGAAUU